UCGCGUUUAGCUUUCUUCUUGUGUCAUCUAUGGAAAUGUUGGAUUCCUCCAUUUUCAACAGCUAACUCGGUUUCAGGGAAUAGAGGCAUUUUCAACGUGGCUAAAACAUGAAAUGCGUGGAAUAUACGUGGAUUCCAUCAACUUGUGAAAGAUGUGAAAACUUAGGCCAUAAAGCGAAGAGGUGUCUUCUUCCUUCCAAGCCUCUACAUGAUACAAACUUGCAGCAAAAAAAGGAUGAAAUUAAUGGUGAAGUUCCUGUUGUGGAUUUUGAUCUCAUCAUGCAGCAAAGAGAAAAUGAUACUUCCUCUUCAGAAGCCCCCUCUCAUAACAACCCACUGAUUAAUGGUACUGCCUCGACUGCUGUCUCAGUACAUGAUAUCCCUUUAAUGAAAGAGUCUUAAGUCCCUUCAGUAGUUUCAGCUGCUGAAAAAAGCCAAUCCUUGCAAACUGAUCUGGUGGUAAUUCCUCCUCUCUUUACAUUUUCUUCUGAUGUUUCUGUGGAUUGCCAACGGGAGAUCCAAACUUCUUUGCCAAACUUUUCCACUACUUUGUCCCCAUUAGUAGAUUCUCAAUCUACUCCCAUUACUGCAACUAUUAUGGAUUCAUUUCCAUCAAACAUUAUCAACAAGGAAGUACAAAAUCCAUCCAUUGUUGAUCCUUUAACCACAUCACUUCAAUUUAGUGAAUUUGAGAGUCCUUCUCGUUUCACUGUGUUAGAAGCAGUGGAUAAAGUUGAAUUAGAGCAUAGGAGCUCUUUCAGCUUGACAAGAGGUGGGAGAGAGACAAGACCUCCUAUCAAAUUUCAAGACUUGGAAUGGAAAACAGUAAAAGGGAGAGGUAAACGUGGCCGACGUGGUCGUAGUUCUUCUCAUUAGCUACUUUUUCUCAUUUCUUUGGUUCUUUCUAGUUUCGGCCUAAUCCUUAGGUUUGAGACUUAUCUUAUCAUGAAGUGUUUCAUGCAAACUUUAUCAAACUUAAGGUUUUAUAGCCUUACCUUGUAAUGUUUUAUGUUUUAAUUGAAAGCCUUUAGUCAAAAAAAAAACAUGAAAUGCACAAUCGUGGAUCAGCAUUGUCCAUGCAUUGUCCUCUGGCACCACAUUGUAGUCGGUAAGUUCACGUGUAAUGUGUAGUAUCUGGAAAGAAAUAUAGUACAUUAUUCUUACUUAAGCUAUAGAGAGAUAACGAUGAGAUCUGCACGAAUGGCAUGAGCUUUUUUAAUAGCAGACAAGCCAGCUCUGGUUUUAAUUAGUCCCUCGUGCACUGAGCGCAUCUCAAUGCCCUUAAGAAAAUUUGAGAAUUGAGCUGUAAGGAUGGUAUUGGUUGUUGGCAAGAGAUAUAGAUCUUGAUAAUUACUUUUAUAUUAAGUUGAGAUGGCUUUUAUCACCAUCGAAAGGAGACACUAUACUGAUGAUCUAAAUAUUCUAACCACUAUGGAUCCUCAAAUCUCUCUCUCUUUCCUGAUGGUGUAUAUAUGUAUUCCCGGAGAGGCAUUGAGAAGGCAGAACAAUCUUUAUCUCUCUCAUCUCUAGCUUAAAGACCAACAAAAUGGCAAUCUCUUUCCAUGUUCGCUCUAACAGUUUCCCUUCUAGACUUCACUCACAAGUUGCUCAUGUGGAUGAGCAGUUGAUUCGAUUAAGAUCUUCUGAGGAAGCGUCAACAUCUUCAAGCUCUUCAAUCUGUCAAAGACUUAACAACUUUCAAGAGCUUUACCAAUCUCUUGAAAAACUUAUUCGCUUACCUGCCACACAGCAAGCUCUAGCUCAAGAGCAGAACAAGAAAGCCACCGAGCAACUUCUUGAUGGAUCUCUCAGGAUCUUGGAUUUGUGCAACAUUUCCAGGGACGCUUUGUCGCAAAUGAAAGAAGGUCUCAUGGAGAUCCAAUCCAUUCUAAGGAGAAAGCGCGGAGAUCUAUCAGGAGAGAUUAAGAAAUACUUAGCCUCAAGAAGAUCUCUCAAGAAGUCAUUCCAAAAGGUCCUCAAGAGUUUGAAGGUCAAACAAGACCUGAAGUGCAACGAUGAGUCUUUGGCUGUCUUUGAAGAAUCAGAAGCUAUCAGCGUGAACCUUUUUUAUUCUCUCUUUUGCUUUAUGUCUGGAUCAAAGACUUGUAGCAAAUGGUCAUUGGUCUCAAAGUUAAUUAACCAUAGAAAUGUUUCAUAUGAAGCUCAAGGAAACGAAUUCACAAAGGUUGAUUCCGAAUUCGAGUCUGAGAAGACCUUGAAGUUGGAGGAUGGUCAGAACCUAGAGUCAUGCAUUCAAGAUCUUGAAGAUGGACUUGAAUCUCUCUCUAAGUCUUUGAUCAAAUACAGAGUCUCAAUUCUUAACAUCUUAGGCCAAUAAGCCUACAAUUUUUUUAUAUAC